GUUUCUGGUGACUCACGCGCGGCUCUCUAGGCCGCCUCUAUCUCUGCGGUGACGGUGGCCGAGGUGGCUGGCUGGCUGGUCUGAAAAGAGCGGCGGGAGCGGCUGCAUUUCCUCCCCAGUUACCCGGGAGGCGCCGCCCGGCUUCUUCGGUGACCUGGCUGCGAAGGGCUCUCUGGCGUCGGAUCCCGCGGGAAAGGUGUUUCGUGAUCCUCGGCAGCCAGUGUUGGCACCGGGAGCAUCCCUUGGGACCAGAUGUGCAGUGGACGAUGCCCCUCCUAACCCCACAGAUCCAAGACGAGAAUGACUACAGCUUAGUGGCCAGCCUUGACAACGUUAGGAAUCUCUCCACUAUCUUGAAGGCUAUUCAUUUCCGAGAACACGCUACGUGUUUCGCUACUAAAAAUGGAAUCAAGGUUACAGUGGAAAAUGCAAAGUGUGUGCAAGCAAAUGCUUUCAUUCAGGCUGGAAUAUUUCAAGAGUUUAUAGUUCAGGAAGAGUCUGUUACUUUUCGAAUAAAUUUAACUAUCCUUUUAGACUGUUUAUCUAUUUUUGGAUCAAGUCCUAUGCCAGGGACUUUAACUGCCCUUCGGAUGUGUUACCAAGGUUAUGGUUACCCUUUGAUGCUAUUUCUGGAAGAAGGAGGAGUGGUGACAGUCUGUAAAAUCAAUACUCAGGAGCCAGAGGAGACUCUGGAUUUUGAUUUCUGCAGCACCAACGUUAUCAAUAAAAUUAUUCUGCAGUCAGAGGGGCUCCGUGAAGCAUUUUCCGAAUUGGAUAUGACGAGUGAGGUGCUACAGAUCACCAUGUCUCCCGACAAGCCUUAUUUCAGGUUAUCUACUUUUGGGAAUGCGGGAAGCUCCCACCUUGAUUAUCCCAAAGAUUCUGAUUUGAUGGAAUCAUUUCAUUGUAACCAGACCCAGGUGAACAGAUACAAGAUUUCCUUACUGAAACCCUCUACAAAGGCCUUAGUCCUGUCUUGUAAGGUAUCUAUUCGAACAGAUAACCGAGGAUUCCUCUCAUUACAGUAUAUGAUUAGAAAUGAAGAUGGACAGAUAUGUUUUGUGGAAUAUUACUGCUGCCCUGACGAGGAAGUUCCUGAAUCAGAGUCUUAAGUAGGGCCUUCCCUGUGAUUUCUACCUGAACAUUCAUGAUAGGUCACAGCCUCAUUCUGGGUAUAGUAUCUCCAGGAGACUGGGUUUUCUAAAGGGAAGAAGCAUGGAGGAGACGCGAACAAGGUCCAUGUACCCUAAUAGUUGCUGUAUAUUUUGUAAGUAAAUGUUUUCAUAUAGUCAUGGAUUACCCACUACUGGACUAUCCUUCGAUUCUGUUUUUUGAACUCAUCAUUAUGAGCCAAGAUGAAUAAUCUAUUUAAGUCAGACAUUUCAAGGGCCUAAAAAUUUAAAGUUUGAUGAAUCCAUACCUGAAAUGUUCUUUUAUUUACUAUUAGAAAGAGCAGCUGCAUAUGGGCGUUGCUUAUUAGUUUGAAUUCCGAAGAAUAUAUCUUAACAGUGGUUCUCCAAGUGUGGCAUCUAGACCAACAGCAUCACCAUUACCUGGAAACUUGUCAGAAACUCUGGAGGUGGGCCAGUAAUCUGUAGCUUAAGAAAACUUUCCCCCAGGAAAUUCUGAUGCAUGCUAAUGUUGGAGAACCACUGUUUUGAAGGAUACUUUUUUGUUUUAAUAGCACUUAAUUGCACUGAAGUGAUUGCUUUUAUAUGUGAUUUCUUCCCAAAUGUUCUGAAGUUUGGGCUUUGCCAAACAAGUCUGAGUAAUUACAUGAUUUAUUUUUAAAGUAUACAUUUUAAAGAAAUCUAUGAACAAGGUAUAUAAAAGAGUCUUCAGAGCUGAGUUACAGGAUUUCUUCUUGUUCUCUGCAACUGUUCAGUGCAGUUAAGUACUGUAGUAAGUACUUAUUAGAUACCUUCUGUUUGCCUAUAAGAGUUUCUCAUCCAAACCAAGAUGUAGAAAACCAAUUAUUAAGUGAUUUUGCACUUUCUUGGGUAGUUUUCCAUCAAUUUUUAUGGCAUGUAGAUAUUUAAUAAAAUGAAAUACUAAAAUUA